AUGUAUGCUAGCGGUACUGAAUCAAAUUUGAAUCCAGAUAUUGAAGUAAUUAGCUCGCCAAAGGGUGCUGGUGGUCGAACACGUGACGAGAUAUGGGCACAUUUUGAUGAUUAUGAAAUACUUGUCAAGUUAAACAGUAGUACAACUGAUACUAGUAACAGUAAACGUCUGAAAGCCCAUCAUUUAACAUCAACAACAGCAUCGACAUCGUCUAACUCAUUAAUAACGACGACACGAAAAUGCAGUAAAAAAUUGAACAUGGAUCAAUCCGGCACACGUGCUAUUUUACCAAGUGAAAAACAAUCAAUCGAUCAAACAUUAGUUCGAGCAUUUGUUAUGAAUGGAAUGUCAUUUAUGACUAUUGAUAAUAUUUUUUUCAAAGAAUUUUUACUUAAAUUAAAUCCUAUAGCGGAUAGUCUACAUUCGUUUUUAUUGUUACGAAUUCCAUUAUUAACAAUCGUAACUGAAAAUGAUGAGCGGCUACCACAAAAAGUUAAAACAGUUGUUAAUGCAAAAAAAUUUUUUUAUGAAAUAGAAAAUGUAUAUGGAAUAAUGAGAGUGUUAGCAUAUGGAGUUGGUAUCAUACAAUCAAAUUCAGCUACUAUGGCAGAUUGCUAUUUAAUUUUAAUAUAUGUUAAUCGUUUGACAAACGAGUUUGUAUGUAAUAGUGACACAAAAGAAUUUGGUCGGUUUGUUAGCAAAGUAGUCAAUAUUCGUCUUAAAGAAUUUCAGAAUUUUUAUUGUACUGCUAGUUUCGUUUUACAUCCCAAAUGGGGUGCAGGACUAUUAACAGAUUGUCGUAGUCAGAUGAUACGCCAUCUAGUUGUUGGGCUAUGCAGUAAUUCAGUCAUUGAUAUGGAAAAAAUAGAAGAAGCAUUAUCCGAUGAAUUGAAGCCUGUUGAAAAUGAGAAUGACCUGAAUGAUAACAUAAAAAAGUUCAAUGAUCUUAUAAAUGAGAACCAUCGAAUGUUAUGUCAGCUAACUAACUCAGAAUUAAUUAGUGAAAACAAUAUUGAGGAUAAAGACUUAUUGAAUAUAUCAUCUUUAGUGAAUUCUGAAGAUAGGGAUAUAACAAAUAUAUUCGUUGAACUUGGUUUAUUAGACGAAGAUGUACAAGAACAAAAUGAUUGUCAAACAGCAAGCAGUCAAGAUAGAAAUGAUGAUGAGGAGGAUUAUGAUAUAGAUGAAUUGAUCAAAGCAGCAAUCGCUACUUAA